AUGCGUUCAGACUUUGAUUUUCCUAUAGAAAAGCCAAAAUUAUUAAGACCCUCUGUUAAUGUUGUCCGUCAAAAAGAAUAUGCAGAGGAAAAAAGAAAAGCUCAAUGUAUCCUUAUUGCUAAAAUGUUGACAAUGAGUGACACUGAAUUAAUGACACUAUCAAAUCGUGAAAUUCUAGAAUAUUCACAUAAUUCUAAUCCAGUACAAGUCGGUGAUGAAGGAUCAGAAAGCGGCUCGGAUAAUGAACUUCCAAGAAAUCUACAAGAAAGUGAUUCUGAUAACGAAGGAUCUGAGAGCAGUUCUGAUAAUGAAAGAUCCAAUUCGCAAGCCUCAAGAUCAAGAUCAAAAAGCGAUUCGGAUAGUGAAGGAUCAGAAAGCAGUUCUGAUAAUGAAGAAAGAUUGAUAUCACCAAGAAAGACACAAAUGUGA